CUUAUCGGCACGGAUCCAGAUUCUAACGUGUUCCUGAAGUCAAUUCGAAGAUUCAAUUCAUGCUUUCAAAUGACAUCGUUCGGAGCAACAGAAAUAGUUCGAAAUACUAAUGCAAAUGGUCAACAAUUCAAUUCUACAUUCAAAAUCAGAGGCCAAGUUUAUCAUAAAAUGGGCUCACUGCUGCCAAUGCCAAACGAACCACAUAAAUUCUUACAAAUCUACUUUAUGGGCGGCGAGGAUUCCGGAAGCGCACUUGCCAAUCGCGUGAAUGCACGUUGUGAUUAUAAUAACCUUGAUUCACUUUAUGCCAGGCGCAUCGUCAGCGAGCUAGAUGCUCUUUUGAACGAGCACAACGAGUUGUUGAAAAUAUUCAAAUCACAUAUGCACCAAUUACAAAGCGAUAAUCACGCUAUCGUCAUUAAUCCUGAUAAAACACCAGCUGGAGAGCAUAUUCGUAGAUUCAAUGCACCCGUUGUUGAUGAUGUUGCUGGAAUUAUGGUUGGCGAUUGUACAGCUGCACGAAAAAUUGUGAUUCGUAGAAGAAAUAAUAAUCUUCAGUUCAUUGCUGACACACAUCGUUCAUAUGACGCUCUCCAAUAUCCGCUAAUAUUCUGGAAGGGACAAGACGGAUAUUGCAUAAACAUAAAACAACGAGAUCCCGUAUCAGGAGCUGAAACAAACAAGGACGUUAGCUCAAAGGAUUAUUAUGCGUACCGAUUAAUGAUUAGACGUGGCCUGGACAACGUCAUUUUACGAUGUCGUGAGCUUUGUCAACAAUUCAUGGUCGACAUGUACGCCAAGAUUGAGAGCGAACGACUACGAUACUUACGAUAUAAUCAACAAAAGCUGCACGCGGAAGAGUACAUUCAUUUGCGAGACGCUAUCAACAACAACGCCGACGUCGCCGAAAUUGGUAACCAUGUCAUUUUACCAUCAUCGUACGUAGGCAGUCCACGUCAUAUGCAAGAAUAUAUACAGGACUGACUUUCGUGCGCGAAUAUGGACGACCAUGUUUAUUUAUCACGUUCACAUGUAAUCCAAAAUGGCCAGAGAUUACAUCUUUGCUACUGCCUGGCCAAAAUGCAAUACAUCGCCAUGACAUUACAGCACGUGUGUUCAGACAAAAGUUGAAGUCUUUAAUAAGUUUCAUUACUAAAUCACAUGUAUUUGGUCGCACACGUUGCUGGAUGUAUUCGGUUGAGUGGCAAAAGCGAGGAUUACCUCAUGCACACAUUUUGGUUUGGUUCAUCGACAAAAUCCGUCCUGAAGAA